GAACAGGACAAACUUGUUUCACUUUUUUUUAAUAUAAAACAGGAAUUAAGAUAAAGUGUAGAGAGAAAAUACAAUAGUCUUUUCUCAUUUCUAUUUUUAUUCACUGAAAAAGGGCAUACAGCAAUUCCGAUAACUCCUAUCCCAGAUAAAGUUAGUUGGCUAGCACUGAAUGGGCACAUGCAGGCAGCUACGUGGGCCUAGAACUUUCUCUGGCUGAGUCACCUGAUUCCCUGAUGGAAUCUGUGAGCCGUGUGCUGUCUGUCUGUCUGUCUGUGGCUAUAUACUCUGGAGAGACCUGACACUCGUCCUCUUAGUCUUUCUGUCCAGGAAAAGGAGAGUAGUGCUUCAGUGGAAUUGAGCAGCCGGUGUUCUGUGGUUUGUGUGGUAAUCUUUGAAGCGUUGCACAACUGACUGAGCAAGGAUGUCUAAAGGACCAGCAGUAGGCAUUGACCUGGGGACCACAUACUCCUGUGUGGGCAUCUUUCAGCAUGGCAAGGUGGAGAUCAUCGCCAAUGACCAGGGCAACAGAACCACACCCAGCUAUGUGGCCUUCACCGACACGGAGAGGCUGAUCGGUGACGCCGCCAAGAACCAGGUGGCCAUGAACCCCACCAACACUGUGUUCGAUGCCAAGCGUCUAAUUGGUCGUAAGUUUGAUGAUGCCGUGGUACAGUCGGACAUGAAGCACUGGCCCUUCACAGUGGUGAGCGAUGGUGGCAAGCCCAAGAUGGAGGUAGAGUACAAGGGAGAGAGGAAGACCUUUUUCCCUGAGGAGGUGUCCUCCAUGGUGCUCACCAAGAUGAAGGAGAUCUCUGAAGCUUACCUGGGCAAGCCAGUGAACAAUGCUGUCAUCACAGUCCCUGCCUACUUCAACGACUCCCAGCGCCAAGCAACAAAAGAUGCUGGAGUGAUCUCUGGACUCAACGUCCUGCGCAUCAUCAACGAGCCCACUGCUGCAGCCAUCGCCUAUGGCCUGGACAAGAAGGUCGGCGGUGAGCGCAACGUCCUGAUCUUCGACCUGGGCGGCGGCACCUUUGACGUGUCCAUCCUGACCAUCGAGGAUGGCAUCUUUGAGGUCAAGUCCACUGCUGGCGACACCCACCUCGGAGGCGAGGACUUCGACAACCGCAUGGUCAACCACUUCAUCGGUGAGUUCAAGCGUAAAUUCAAGAAGGACAUCAGCGGCAACAAGCGGGCGGUGCGGCGCCUGCGCACUGCCUGUGAGCGGGCCAAGCGCACCCUCUCCUCCAGCACCCAAGCCAGCAUCGAGAUUGACUCUCUCUAUGAGGGUGCCGACUUCUACACCUCCAUUACCAGGGCUCGCUUUGAGGAGCUCAACGCUGACCUGUUCCGCGGUACCCUGGAACCUGUGGAGAAGUCUAUGAGGGAUGCCAAAAUGGACAAGGCCCAGAUACACGACAUCGUCCUGGUGGGAGGCUCCACACGUAUCCCCAAGAUCCAGAAGCUUCUGCAGGACCUAUUCAAUGGCCGAGACCUCAACAAGAGCAUCAACCCUGAUGAGGCUGUGGCUUAUGGUGCCGCUGUGCAGGCUGCCAUCUUAGCGGGUGACAAGUCAGAGAACGUGCAGGACCUGCUGCUGCUGGACGUCACACCCCUGUCCCUGGGUAUUGAGACAGCCGGAGGGGUCAUGACCGUGCUUAUCAAGAGGAACACCACCAUCCCCACCAAGCAGACCCAGACCUUCACAACAUACUCAGAAAACCAACCCGGAGUGCUCAUCCAGGUGUAUGAGGGGGAGAGAGCCAUGACCAAGGACAACAAUAUCCUCGGCAAGUUUGAGCUCACCGGAAUCCCCCCUGCCCCCAGGGGCGUCCCCCAGAUCGAGGUGACCUUUGACAUUGACGCCAACGGCAUCCUCAAUGUGUCUGCGGUGGACAAGAGCACCGGCAAGGAGAACAAGAUCACCAUCACCAAUGACAAAGGACGUCUGACCAAGGAGGACAUUGAGCGCAUGGUGCAAGAGGCUGACCAGUACAGGGCUGAGGACGAGGCUCAGAAGGAGAAGGUCACAGCUAAGAACUCACUGGAGUCCCUGGCCUUCAACAUGAAGAGCACCGUGGACGACGAGAAGCUCGCGGAAAAGAUCAGCCCGGAGGACAAGAAGACCAUCAUGGACAAGUGCAACGAAGUUAUCUCCUGGCUGGACAGGAACCAGACAGCAGAGAAGGAUGAGUAUGAGCACCAGCAGAAGGAGCUGGAGAAGGUGUGUAACCCCAUCAUUACCAAUCUGUAUCAGGGUACCGGAGGCCCACCAGGAGGUAUGCCAGGCGGUAUGCCAGGCGGUAUGCCUGGAGGCGCUGGAGCUGGCUCUUCCUCUGGUCCAACCAUCGAGGAGGUGGACUAAAAUCCCUCACCUCUACAGGAGAGAAUCCACAUCCUGUCCACAUCUCAGCUCCCAGGCUUCACACAUCACCUACUGCAGACCUGGCUUGUGUCAUCACUUCUCUUAUUGAGAACGUCCAGUGUAAUAUUUAUAUCUACGGCAGGCUCCUACAGCUUUGUACUGUUGUGCAGUUCACACAACCUUCACUUUUAUCAGAUUGAAUAUAUCACAACCAAUAAAGCUGGAUUCUGAUAUGCA